ACACUGAGGCUGUCUGUAUGUCCGUUCUCAUGUCAUUCAGCAGAUGAAUCACAUCAUCUCAGCACUGGUUCUGCUCCAAACGGUGUGAGAUCGCUGUAUAUAACGUUACCGGUCAUCUAUAGAGCUCUGGAAACGUCUCUGCAUGGAAUAACGUCCACGCGCUACUGUCAUGCUGGAAACAGAUCGCUAUUGUGGAUUUGCAAGAUUGGAGGAAUGAUGAAUGAAUAAUAAUAAUCGACAGACGCUGUGUAUCAAACCGUGAGCAGUUCUCUUGAAUAAUCUGUCAAUAACAAGCUUCAAGACGGACGGCGUCCAAGAGCACAGAGGGAGAAUCCGCGCGAACAUGAGAGAACGGGACUUUAUGCCAAACAUGGAACGGGGCAAACCGGCCACAUACACGGGAGACAAAAAAGCUAAAAUGGCUGCUAAAACCAAUAAAAAGUGGGUGAGACUGGCUACUGUAUUCGCAUAUGUCUUGUCGGUGUCUUUGGCUGCUAUAAUACUGGCAAUUUAUUACAGUUUGAUAUGGAAACCGACAUCUGCAUCUGUGUCUGGACGGUCAGAUGUUUUGGUGACGGCUGCAAUUAUGCCCAUAAACACAAAUAACAUCACAACAAGUGAUGUACCAUCCACGAACAAGAUGAAUAAUACACCACCGGUCAGCCUGAGAUCGACAGAGACCCCCACGUAUGCCCACUCCACUUCUUCUCAUAGACAACAACACUGGGGUGAUAAUAAAGAUCAUGAAGGCCUUCUCAAUAUCUCAACAACAAAUACAAAGAAUACUGACCAAACAGGAACAUUUGACUCAGCGCACAUUCAUGAAAAACCAGGACGUUUUAGUACAGCAGAAGUUAGCCAUGUGUCGGAAACUAGUGUUCUUGUAGCAGGUGCAUCAAGUGAACCUCCUUUAGCCAAUGGAGCCACAUCUUCUACUAAACAAAACGGCAGAUCUGGGGUCGGUGCCACUGAGGAUCAGCCAAACAUGUGGGAUUCAGCCUCUCCCACAACUGACCAAGAAUCUUGGACAAGCUACAGUGCGAGAUCUCCCGUCUCCUCUUUGACAGAACAGGGUCUGGAAUUAAUGGAGGGCUCGUCUCCAUUGCAAGAGGAGUUGGUUACCAAGGACACCGAGAAUGCAGCAAGUGGAGUGUGACACCAGAUUAUUUGUGUGGCACAUAAUUAUAUGACAUUAACUGAUGACUGUGCAGCGAGAGAAAUAACAACUGCGAACGUGAGAGAAGAAGUCGUACAGUUUAGACUGACUUUGUUUCUAUUUAAAGGACAGAAACUGUGUUGACCUACCUGCUUUAAAAAAGCUUAUUUAAAAGUUGUUACAUUAAAGAGUGCAAUAGAGGGGUUCCGAAAGUAAAAAUCCCAUUCAUUUUCUAAAUUUGAGGAAUUUAUUUUGAACGAUAACUUGCAAGCCUUUUAAGACAGACCUACUGUGAGCUACAAUGUUGUUAAUAGAUGUUACAUGCUUUUAUUUAACUUAUUUUUUAAAUAAUUGUGUUUAUUCCUGGUAUAAAACCACAUUACCCACGAUUCUAAAGAGAAAUCUCCACCAAAAAAAGCUGUUUAGCAUCCAAUCACUCCCAUGAAGCACAUCAUUUCCCAUCAUUUUUAAAUGAUGUCAUUUGUGAUGCUUCUUUCCCAUAUUAAAAACUGUUAAGUAUACAGUCUUGUACCAUUUUCAAAUAAUUUUUUGCUUCAAAUCAAGUUUGUAAUGAUGUUAUUCACCUCCUGGCUGGUUGAUUUGUUUCAUGACUUAUAACUCUUUGAUGGAGACUUAUUAAAAUGUUCUAUGGGUAAAAUGAAUGGGAAAAAUACUUCCAGAACCAAGGCUGCUGAAAAAAUGGACAGGCACUGUGGCGUAAUUCAUUUGCAGUUAAUCACAGCCAUGCUCAAAUUCAGAAUAACAGAACAAUUAUGUGAUAUAGCUUUUAAACAGUUCUAUAAACCUGCAAUUAAUAUCCAACAGCUUACAUUUUAGACAAAAAUUGGCCAGUUAGUGUGUAUAUCUCUUUCCAAUGACAGUAGUUCCAAAAUAAGUCAAAUUUAAUGAAGUAAUACACGGACACAGCUCCACAUUCACUUCUGCUUUUCUAAACAUAGACAAGUGUUCAGGGUCAGGGUGAUACAAAAAGUUACAAAAAAUUAAAACACAGUGCCGUUAUACUAAAUAUAAAGUCCUGGAACACUUCUUCAAAUCAACUCAAGGACAAAAACUAACUGUUGUAUAAUGGAUUGAUAAGGAUUGUGGUUAAGCGAUAGGAUCAUGGUUCUUGAGAUGUCUUUUUGAACAACAGGAAAAUGAGCCAUUCACGUCGCCAAUGAUGGACAAACAUCCUUCAGUAGCAUGUAUUUCAUUGUGUAGUAAUUGUGAGCAAGUUAAACACUGUUUAAAGCAACUUUGCUUAUAGAGUUUAGGAAUGCUCAGGAAUGGAAUAUCUGUCUGAAUGCAGACUAACAUGGCAAGUAGGAAAAAUUCACUGUGCAAACUCACCCAUGUUGACAUUUUAACUAAGUGUUUUUUAUAAAUCAGCGUGGGUUGAGCAAUACAUAUAAUAACUGAAAUAUGGUGUAUGAUGUAUUCAGUGCAAUGAUUAUUAAAUCAGAAAUGUGUCCACCUUUAAAGUGAUUGCUUAUACUGAUUAUGUGGUUAUGACUGUUUAAAAUGAGCACAUAUUUGGGAAUU